UCUUGACUUGCGUCUGCCCUCGCUGUUGGCAUGGUCUACUGCUGGUAGGGUUAGCACUGUGGUCUGCUCCCGUGAUGUGGCCGGGAUUGGAAUGUAAAGCUGAUUAGUAGAUCAAAUUUUCAUAAGACAGACGCUUGUGUGAUUGAACUUUCAUUGAAACAGCAGCACCAGCAGCAAGCAAGCAAAAUGCCGACACCAAUGCCCAUAGAGAGUGUUGGUGACUACAGAUGGGUAUAAAUCAGAGUUUUAAUGUGUUAUGAUGGUGUGCCCCGUGAUAUUUUCACAAGUGCAGGUGGUAGCCCUAUCGCUCAUUGGAAUAAUUUGGAUGUGAAUGCAAAUUGAAGGGCCUUUCAGGCCUCCUGUCACCAGGGAAGGAGAAAAAGGGCAAAGAAAAUGAGACGAAUGGGAAAGCACAUCCUGUAAAGGCAACCCACUUUGAUUACAUCACCAAACCAAGUAGCAGCAACAGUCGAAGUAGCCCAGAGCGCCCUCGAGCCCCCAAACAUCACCAGUCACAGGGCCAGGGCUACUCUCGUAGCAGACACGAACGCCCACCCAGAGAAGACAGACGGUAUCGUCAUUCUACAGGAGACUCUAGGAAUGGUUCCUCCAGUAUGCAUCAUCACAACCGAUCGGGCAAUGAACGGAGGUACAGUCGAGAAGAUGAUGAAGAGCUCAUGCGAAUCAACAGUCAGCGGCAAAGGUAUGAGGAUAGAGGGGAAAAAAGAUCAGGAUCGCUACCAAGCCACUACUCUCAGGAUAGCAGAGGGAAGAACAGACGUGGAUCGUUGCCAGGACAUUAUGGCCCAGGGUCUUCUACAUCUCCUCGAGGACCACCUAAACCACCACGUCGACAGGAAUCUCUCAACAGAGUCCAUAUUCCCGAAGGGCCGGACACUGAAUUCACAACUUCGACCAGUGAAUACGAGAUCUGCAGUCCCUCAUCUGGAUCUAGCAGUCCAAAGAACUGGAAGGUGAGUCCUCUUAUUGGUCAUACCUCAUCAGGUUCCAAACAGAGAGAAAGAUCAUGGUCUCCAUCUAAAGAAUACUCAAGGUCUCCCCCAAGAAGACAGCAAUCUCCUGAAAGAAAGCAGAAAUAUGAUACUCGCCAGUAUGCCCCUGAUGAUCGCUCCAGUAAGCGUGAUACGUCACAUGAGAAAAAGCAGAGACAUGAUAAUCAACAGUAUGACCAAAGUAGUCACUAUGGCAAGCGUGACCGCUCUUUGGACAGAAAUCAGAAGCACUAUGACAAUCGAACCCAUGAAACAAAUGGUGAUUAUUAUGGUCAACAAGACGGGUCACACAACAGAAGGCAAAACCAAUAUAGUACUCGAGACAAUGGAUACAGUGAUCACUAUGGCAAACGAGACUUGUCUCCUGAAAGGCAAAAUGGAAGGUAUUCCAGGAGUCAUCAACCAUCAUCAAAUGGAUACCAAGUAGAUAGAAAUAGCACAUGGUCACCCAGUGACCCCUAUAGUCCUGAUCCAAGUCACUUUCUGCACUCUUCCAGCCCUUAUAACCCAUUUUCUUUUGAAAACCCUCCAACCUCUUAUGGAGAAGAUUAUCAACAGAAACCUCACAAUCAGCAGCAGAAACCAAAGCUGAAUUCAGAUCCAUAUGGGAAUUCUUGGAUCAAAGAGAAAAACGUAGUUCCGUCUAGACCCACCAGCAAUGCAAGGCCCCUGGUUUUGCCCCCAAAUGACAAAGUCCCUGAGGGUCCAAGACCAGUUUAUCGAAGUGAUGGAGAGAUUGACCUCAGAGAGCCUACCUACAAGAAGUCCAGAGAGCCUGAUAUGUUUGCAAUCAACCAGACACCCCCUUCCAACAGUUACCCCUCUUCACCGACCAGUAAACCAAGUAAAGCAAAUUUCAAUUACUAUCCAGAGUUUCAAGCAGAGUUGGAACCCAGAGAUAUGCAGUGGAAAGAGCCGAGUCAGCAAGUAAGUCAGAUGCAGCCAAAACAAACAAACUCACUGCGCACAGUAAGGGAAGUGAAAGCCUAUGAUCAGCAUAUGAAGAAAUUCAAACGACCUACAAGCCUCGGUGGUGUUCCGAGACAGCCACAGAACGCAUUUAGCCAAGGAAGACCCAGGAGUGCCAUAGAACAACCUGCUUCAGAUGAUGGACUUUAUCCAAGUUUAGAGCGGUCUAAAAAUUCAGCAUUUGGAGUAGCAUCUGCAUCACCAAAGAAUCCCCCCAAUAAUUCCACCUAUAGAAAUCAGUAUGGGAUAAGUCCCAAGAGCAGUCAACAAUAUUCUGAACCUAAUGAGAAAAGCUAUUCCAAUGGAGAAUAUGGUAUUGAUAGCCAUAAACACAGCCAGCAAGAAAUAUACAAUGAAAAAUAUGCAGAAAACAACGGAUCUUCUCUUCUCCCAAAGGACUGGCCUGAAGAUUAUCCAGCACAGAUGACAAUAAGGUCACCAGUUCCUUCUGACCCAGAGAAUUCAGUCAAUUCUGUAAAACAAGUGGAUUCUGGGAAACAGACUAUCUUCUGCCUGGUCUCUCAAGUAGUACCCACCUCACCAAGUCCAGAGUUAAGUCCAGAGCCUAUGCAAAGGGAGUUUGUGGAGAUCGAAAAUGGGAAGGUAUCACCUGUAAUGAAACAGCCUGUAAACGUGCCCAAACCAUCACCCAACCAAUACAGUCAGAAGAGCCCUGUGCAAAAUGGGUAUUCCCAGCGUGGAAGUUAUUCUCCAGUAAGGUCACAGAUGGAAUACCAAACAAACCAGGGAGAUCUAGCCUGGAGACGACAGCAAGAGGAGUAUGAACGGAGACAGAGUGUCCAGAGCACAGUAUCUCAAGAUGGCUCUAUGGGCAAUGAAUCUGUAUUGUACAGGCAAAGACAAUCAGCUGGCUACAAUCAACAAGCUCCACGCCAAGCUCAGAAGAAGAUUGCAUCCUCACAGAUUGAACCUAAAAAGGAGCAGGUUAACUAUUCAAAUCCAAAAGACCAUUACAGAGGAGCAAGCCUGUCUUCAGGGUAUCAUUCUAGUCCAGAGUUCGAAAGACAACAAAACCAGCAGACACGUCAACCUGGGAACUCGCUUCUUGACAGGGAAAGAUUUUCUGAUACUGAGUAUCGUUUUGGAGGUACAGGGAAAGAAAAUGAAGUAGACAAUGUACCCACUGUACCUGUCAAAGAUCUUAUAAAGAAAAUCAACAGGGAUGUUGAAACGAAUGGUGGUCUUGAUGAAGUCGUACCCCCUAGGCGAGCCUCAGCUGACUUGAAGAGUAUAUUGGUGAGAGAUGCCCAGCAAUCCAACCAAGCAAUCAAAGAUGACACUUGUUACGGCAAACGUGCUGUUCGAAGGGAUUCUAAAGAUACACAGACGCAGACAUAUGAAAUUUCUGGAAAAGUGCACAGUCGCCCGUCUGCAUAUUACAAUGAGCAAUAUAUCACAGCAACCGCUGUUCCUUGUGAAGUUGUUGAUACAACAGAACGAAAAACUCAAACAUAUGCUCGUCCACUCUCUGCUGAGCUUCGUGCCACCAAUACAUCCUACAGGGACGAAAGUAGACUAGAUGUAAAGCAAGAAAGUCCAGAUGAAAGUGAAGAGGAUACUAAGCCUAUAAAUGCUAAAGAUAGAAGGGCCUUCUUUGAGAGUUUGAAGCCUCUAUCUAGGGAAGAAGAGAUCCUUAGCGUAGUCAGCCACAAAAACCAAGAUGAAGCAACACCAAGCAAUACCCACAAGAAAGUUGAUUCUCAGCCCAAAGCAAUGUAUGGCAGCAUCAAGUGGCCCAAAGACCAUUCUGCUAGGGAACCUGAAAUCAAGAAGCAAACAGUAAAGCAAAGUUUUGCCGAACCACCUACGGUUAAAAAAGCCCAGAGAAGCCCAUCUCCUGUUAACCAAAGUGAAAUGUACUCUGAUAAUGAUCAAUCCAAACCCGAUGAGAGGCAUGCUUACUAUGACCGCCUGAGACAGCGUGGCCAAGGUACAGGCCCAGGACUAAAAGGAAGGAGGAGCCAAAGUCUUCCAAGACUUAAUUCCCGUGCGAGAGAAGGAAAGUCUGAGAGUUGCAAGGUUUCAAGUACGUCUGUUGAGUUAGCUGAAGGGGAUUCCAGUGCCAAGCGUUUAUCGAUGGGUGCACAACUGUUCCAACAGAGGAAGCUUGAAAUGGAACGCCUUAACAAAAAGCAAGAAAUUCUAGAAAAGGUAAAAAACCAGUUGAAAAUGCAUCGUGCUGGCAGUGAGCCAAAUCUAGCUCCAAAAGAUGGGGAAAAUGAUGCCAUUUCUUCACUGGAACAAAAUGGGCAUCUGUUGGCGACCCAUGUUGCAGGAAAGAGGAUUCGAGGAAGGGACAGUGCUGACUUUGAAUAUGCCUUGAAUCAACUCCAAACCAUCCACACUGAGGCUGAUCAAGAUGCAGAUGAGAUACUCCAUCCGCAGUACUAUAGGCCAUUUGAUCAUCGGGCUGCCGAGAUUCCAUUGCUUGCACAGAAGGUUGCAGAACUACAAGAGCUUAUUGGUGUUCAUGCCACUCCAGGAUCUGGCAAACAUCGCAAAAAGGGAAAGAGAGCAACAUCAGAUGUUUCUGAAAUGAGACCUACUCUGCACAGACUUGAUGGUGGAGAAUUGCAAGAGAAGCCUGGUAAAGCAAAGAAGGGACAGGAAUUUUUCCCUUACAGGCAGGCCACACAUCCAAAAAAGAUGGUCAAGAAUGAUGAAUAUAAUCCUGCUUGUGGUCAUGAGUCAACAUCAGAUGAAGACAAAACACCUCGACCCGUUCCUCCUGGCACUAACACUAAACUUUAUAGGCACCCCAAAUCAUCAGACAACCUCGGUUUCAGCUCAGACAGUAGUCCUGAGAGACCUGUUAAAGUGAAAGUCAAACUUGUUGCUCCAGAGUAUGUCCAUGUGCCUAGUCCCGAUCUACGUGCCAGCCGUCAGCAGCGUAAAACAACGAGGGAAGUUUUCUUCUCUGGAGAAGACAACAACAGGGGGCCAAGUCCGAUUCCAACCAAAGCCAAUACCAACAAGAAGAUGAACAGUCACCACUAUCCUGCCAACCUGCCUCCACCAGUCAUGCAGAGUGUAAAGUUUGUGGAGAGUCCAAAAGUGAAGAGGGCUGUCCUUACAAAACCACCUCCUGCUCCAGCCGUAACUAAAUUCAAAGAAAGCCAGGCACACCUCCAGCUGGCUGGUUGCAGGGACUCUGUCUCUACAGUGGACAGUGCAGCUCUGGCUCAACCUUUUGAUGACAUGGUGGAUGAGUACCAGGACAUCAUGAUGGACCACCAGGCUGUAGAGAUGUCUCUUCCUGAUCCAGAACGAACCUCGUCUGUUGAAUCCCUGAUGCAAAUGGUGUCUGGGUCCUAUAGGCAAAACAACACAACUCCAGAAACCAAACCUAACCAAUCCUUUUCACCUGGUGGAUACAUCCCCUUGGCCGAUGAGGAGGACUAUGAGUCUUCGGGAGGUGAUGAGGCAGACUUGGAAGGGGUCUGUUUCAUAAAGUGUUAAAAUAUGGCAAGUACUAUAGAAUCCUUGAUGGUGAUUGGCUGCUGAGACAUGAUACCAUGGUAGUUGACAUAAUGGCAAACAGUUGUAAGUCUUUUAUGAAACAGCCCCCCCCCCCCCGGGCCCUGGCCUUUUUUAUGAUUAGUAAUAGAGACCUUGAAAGUUCAUUAGCAUGCAAGAAGACAGUAGACUGGCCCUAAUUACCGAGGGGGGGGGGUACAAUGGCUGUCUUUAGAGUGCUCUGCCAUCUUAUAAUAACUCACUUUCUGGUUUUCUGCUUCAACUGGGUUUACUUACUAACAAGACACUGUUGGGCAAUUCCAUAAAAUAUGUAUGUCCGACCCCCUAUAUGAGGGACCUUCAUGAAAUUUUCUUUCUCUGAUUUCUUGUUCUCUUUACAGUCUGUAAUGUUCUCAAAGGACUAUGACUUAGUUUAUGGAGUGAUAAAACUUAAGAAAAAUAGGGGUCGGAUGUACAAAAAGGUUGAUCAUUUUAUGGAAUUGCCCUGUUAUUACAUUGCAGUUGUACAGGUCAUCUAACUAAUAUGAUAUGUACAUACACCAUGGUGAUCACUUAACUGAAAACCACAUACAUGUAGCUUUUCUUGCCACUUUUUAACAAAUCGGGUGCUUCACAUGUAUAGAUAUAACAUUUUGUAAAAUUUCCUUUAAAAAGAUUUGAUAUUUGGCAUACCAUUUCAUCAGACUCUGAUCAGGUUUUGGUGCUCAUAGUUAAAUAAAUUUCUGUCAAUUCGUCUUAAUUAUAAUGUAUUUUUAUAGUAUGUAUUUGAAAUGCUCAGCAUUCAUAUCUUAUCAAUCAUCUUUUAAAUGUUUUUGCUGUGUCACUGCCACAAUGGAAACAAUUAUAAGUAUGAG